AUGGUGGUUGGUGCUCUUCGGUUCGUUGACAACCCCGAGACCCGCCUCUCGGCCCAAGAAGUUGAGCGCCGCACUUCAAGGUCCAGGAGCAUCGUGGUUCUCAACGCAAUGGACCAUCUGUCUGUGGAGAAUCUUCAGGCACUUAUCAUAAUUGCUUUCUGUGAUGUGAGUCUUCUUACAAGGAACAAGUGGACUCCUGUUAACGUUCAGGUUCAGAUCGGGAACGGCGAUGCAUCCAAGGCAUGGUCAAUCGUGGGGUCCUUAACAAGAACUGUCGAGUACCUCCAGUUGAGCAUCGAGUCGGACCACCGCGAAAAAGAGCCUCUAUUGAAGCCAUUGCCCUCGAUAGAUCCGCCACAAAACUGGACUGAAGAGGAAGAAAGACGCAGAGUCUUUUGGAACAUCUUCAACUUGGACAGAUGGAACACGAGCUUGACCUCCGACGAUGUCCACCGCAGACUACCUGCAGAUGGAGGCCUUUGGCACAAGGAAGAGUCGGUUAUUACCCCGUAUUUUGGCAUUUGGGACCGGUCGGCUGCAAAGAUAGGCAAUUCCAUCGCUUUCUUGCCCGCACACUAUCCAAGCCCGGAGCAGACAGCCGAUGCGCCGCCGCAAACGCCAGUGUCUGCAAACCCAAAUAAAGGACCCAACACUGUCGAUAUGACUACUGUUGGCGCUUUUGCUUACUGUAUCGAGGCAACCGAGUCGUUGAGUCGAGUGACGACCUACUUCCUCCAGCAGAAGAUCAACUUUCAGGACCGUCAAGAAGUUAGCAGCUGGCUCACACGGUUCAAGGAGUUGGACCUUCGUCUUGUUCAGUGA